AUUUAAUUGAAUUAAUAUUUGGUUUGAACGAAUAGCUGGCAUGUGUUGGAGUGCCCCCAAUGGCAACGGCCGGUGCACUGAUUUACUUAAGACUGGUGUGACUGAAGACGAGUGCUGUAAUGGUGCCGAUAGUACCAAUUCAGGCAUCACUUCCACCGCUUACAGCCAAGACCUGGACAGCGGAAAGUUGUUUUAUUACCGGGCAUUGAGAGGUGGAGUUCCUUGUAGUCAAUGCAAAUCCACCUGUGAAGGCAUCACAUGCGGCACUGGGAAGACAUGUGUGGUUAAGGCUGAGGGCCAACCCGUUUGCAUUUGCGCCCCUAAAUGCUCGCGAAGGAAACGAAAACUCGGACCCGUUUGCGGGAGUGACGGACAGACAUAUCGACACAUUUGUAGACUUUUGAAGCGUAAGUGUCGUAAAGAUCCCACGCUUACAGUUGAAUACUAUGGCAACUGUAAAGAGACAUGCGAUAGAGUCGGUUGCGUUCAGAGCAAGACAUGUAUAUUAGACGAUAACGCGAGGCCUCGUUGUGUGCGAUGCCAGCAGUACUGCCCGCCCGUCACUCCCAAUAGUCGUCCCGUUUGUGGUGCGAAUAGAGUCACGUAUUAUAGUUAUUGCCAUUUGCGAAGGGCUGCCUGUCUGGCCGGUCGUGCCAUUCAAGUCAUGAAUAGAAGACAGUGUCAACACAAGAGCUCAAAUGAUGAAGAAAUAGACACUAAGUCUUUGGCUAAAAGCAAAACUCCAAACAUAGCAGCUCUGGAACACCGGACCUCUUAUGACAUUAACCUUCAAUUCAAGCCCUCUUUGAUUCAACAAAACUCCAAUACUAUUAGAGAUGACUUCAAUGGUAAAGACAAGUCAUCGGAACCCACAGUGCCAUCGGCUGAAGUCAAGUCGGAUCCGACGACACCUACACUGAUAUCGCGAGCGGACAAAAGCAAAGACCAGAAAAGUGAUGAAAAAGACAUUUCCAGUAAAAGUACACCAAAUAUGACUUAA